CGACCAGUACGCAGAAAUCGACACAACAGUGAAGAAAGUCCGGGUUGUUUGGAUGAAAGAACUUAAUCACGAGGGUCGGGAAAUCGGAGUGCCCACCCGGAGAAAACCCACGCAGGCACGGGGAGAACAUGCAAAUCGAACCCGGGUCCUCAGAACUGUGAGGCCAACCCUUUACCAGCGAUGGAGAGCCUAGUGCACUACAGUUAUCCUGCCCAUGCCCUCUCCGUUCUGGGGCUGCUCAAUGAGCAGCGUCUCCGAGGCCACAUGUGUGAUGUGGUGCUAAUUGUGGCGGAUCAGCGGUACCAAGCCCAUAAAAGCGUUCUUGCUGCCAGUAGUGAAUAUUUCCAGUCCCUCUUUACCAGGAUGGAUGAUACAGCACUGAAGGUUGUAAACCUGGACUUUUGUGAGCCUGAUGCCUUUGAGAUAGUUCUAAAUUAUAUUUACUCCUCUUCCCUUUUUGUGGACAAAGACAGUCUUUCAGCUAUUCAAGAGCUGGGCUACACCUUGGGAAUUCCUUUUCUCACCAACAUCGUUUCCACAAGGCCACAUGCAUCAUAUUGCAUCUCGAGAAAAAGACUGAAUUAUACAGAAGGGGAUGACAUUGAUGUCCAGACAAGGAGCGUCAUUGUGUGCCGCGUAAGGGAUGAUGUGUCUGAACCCUCAUGUCCAAGCUAUCAGACAAAAACAUCUGAAAGCUCAUCAUCUCUUGUCACAACCGAGUUAACUCAGCCUCCUUUAGAACUCAACUCCUGUGAAUCAAUCAGAAACUCGAAAUCAAUCACUUGUACAUCACCCGAACAAAGUGAAGCUUCUGGAAAGAGGUCCACCCAUCCAUCCAUUUUCAAAGGGAAUCCAUCAUACAUCUCUUCUAUUAGGCCCCUACUGAAAACAUCUGCAUCACUUAGUGAUGCUGAGUUGCAGCAUAUCAGAUUGCCAUCUUGCUUAGACCAGGACAUGAGACAGGAGUCUGGGGAGCAGGAGCCUAACUACAGCAACAAAGUGUCCUUUAAGGGUCAGACCUCUGAACUGAACCAGACUAUUGACCGGAGCGGUCCACUCAUAAAAAGUUUACUUCGAAGAUCGUUAUCCAUGGACAGCCCUGUUCCAGUCUUCUCACCCACACUGGAGCUCAAGGAGCUGCAAAAUCACGAGCAGUCAGUCGUUAAAAUGGCAUCGAAGGCGUCAGACUCCCAAAUACCAGCUCACAAUGGCAAUGCAAGAACAUCUCCCAUUAUUCUCAAGUCAAAGUGCCACAGCAGAUGCGAUGGACAAACUCAGGUAGAAAGAGAGCACAGUGUAAAAGUGGAGCCCAGCAGUCCACUCGCUGACCCCCGGGACAUAAUUCGAAUCACAGUUGGUGAAGCUUUGCCAGUCAAUCUUAAAAACUUGCAAUCAAAUUACGAACAGUGUUCCAAGGCUAGCUUCAUUCCUUUUGGGAAGCGAAAAGAGAGGCCGGACAACAGACGAUACCCAUUCAAGAAGAACAAAAUAGUUAAGGAAUACACCGUUUCCCCGGAGGAGAACACGUCAGAAGUUGUGUCUCAAAGCACCACAGACGAGAACAAUGACGAGUCGCCCCCGAACAAGAUUUUUACUUGCUGGAACUGUUUCAAGGUUUUCCGGUCCAGUGCUGGACUGCAUCGACAUGUAAAUAUGUACCACAACCCUGAAAAGCCAUACGCUUGUGACAUCUGCCACAAGCGCUUCCAUACUAACUUCAAAGUGUGGACACACUGUCAAACUCAGCAUGGUGUCCUACAAAACCCGGCAUCAUCUUCCAGCUCCCCAGUGAUGGAUGAUAGGUUCCAAAAGAAACUGAUAGACAUUGUCCGAGAGCGAGAGAUAAAGAAAGCUUUGCUCUGGAAGCUCAAAAGGAAUAAACAAGCUUUGCAGUCUUCCACUCUCUGCAAAAAGCGGUCAAGGUCCAACUUUGUAUGUCCCUAUUGUAGGAAAGUGUUUGUCUUUCAGUCACAGUAUAGGCAGCAUUUAAGGACACAUCCUGCAGAAAAAGCUGACAAGGACACAGAAGGGGAGAACAUCCUCUACCAGGAACAGGAUGGAGUGAUUCACCAGAAUGAUUCCGAUGCUGGUGUGUAUGCCUGUAGACUCUGUAAUAUGAAGUUGCCUUCACUCAUCGAGCAGGGUGAUCAUGAGAGGGGUUGUCGGCAUUCCACCGUUUGCCCGUACUGUGGCCUUAGAUUCUCGAGUCCAACAGUCAAGAAAGACCACGAGGUGCACUGCAAGUACAAGAAACUGACAUGUCUUGAAUGCAUGCGAACCUUCAAGUCCUCCUUCAGCAUUUGGCGCCACCAGGUGGAGGUGCACAACAACAACAUGAUGAAUAUUAAGGAACAGAUGAAUCUCAGGCAACAAGAGCACAAUGAAGGAAUGUCAGAAAUGUUCAUAGAGGAGCAUUACACUAGUGAGCCUCUUGCAAGAGAGAGCAGUAUCUACAAUGACUCCUCGGGCACACCUAUGUAUGAUUCAGAAGACUCGUCAUCCUAUCUGCCUGAGGAUCUAAGCAUGGGCCAUCAUGGCAAACUAGUGGUGAAAGAAGAGCCGCUGGAGGAGGCUCUGAGUGAGCGGGAAGAAACUGAGCCCAGCCAAACAGGACUGGAAGAACCUGGUGUGUGGCCUUGUGAGAAAUGUGGAAGUCUUUUCAGCUCUCGAAAAGACCUGGAGCGACACCAGGAGCUCUUGUGCCACAUCAAGCCCUUCAUCUGCCACAUCUGCAACAAAGCCUUCAGGACCAACUUUCGCCUUUGGAGCCACUUUCAGUCGCACAUGUCUAGCACGAGUGAACACGGAGCCAAAGAGAUGGACGAGCACCCCCCACCUUUUUCCCCCUCUCCUCCAAUGACCUCUCAAAACUCUGAACGGCCCUCUUCACAGGCCUCUGUGCUCACCCAAGCGGGGCCCGCCGUGGUUUCAGCAGGUAACGAGUGCAGCAGCCCUGAGCCCUCCAUGUCAUCGGUGAACAACAACAAGAUCCACGCUCAAUCUGAGCAGCAGCCUCGCAGCCAUAGUCCCGUGCCAAGGUCAAACAGCUUGGAGAAUUCAAGUGGGGCUCAGGACUCAGAGACCCUCUUUUACCACGCACCAUCUCUCUCUGCGUUGACCUUCAAAAGGCAGUACAUGUGCAAACUGUGUCAUAGGACCUUCAAAACAGCUUUCAGUCUCUGGAGCCAUGAGCAAAGCCAUGGCCAUGUUUAAAUGUGCUUUUAUCUCGAGGGUUCAUACUCAAUCAUAAAAUACGCAAACAACCCUGCAAAAGGCAUACUUUGAAUGUAUAUCUUACUCGCUUGCCUACAGCGUCCUAUAUUAAGGUGGCUGUGUUGAUUUAGUUGUCAACAGACAGAGUAUUAGGGCUACACUAAAAAGCUAAUUUUUAGUCCAAUCGUGUUUUUUUUUUUUUUUUUAAGUGAAUGUCAAAAUUCCCACACAAACAAGCAAUACAGGAUGUAAUCUCAGACUGCAGUUCAGAGGUGUCAAACUCAUUUUUGUCCUGGGCCACAUCAGAGGGUCAUUGUGAAACCAUAUAAAUGUUUAAUCACGUUUUCAUAUUUUUACAAAAAUCAAAUCUAUGGCAAAUGCGUUUUGAAAUCAGAAGUCAAGGGUAAUUGUUCAAUUAUAGUUCAAGGCUUUGAUCACAAAAAUGCUUGAAGUAUCUCAUUUCUCAUGAAGUAUGACAAUUUAAAAUGUUUGUUGAGAUUUUUGCAAGAAUUCUGGAAACUCGAGCACACGAUAUAUUCACAGGCCACAAAAUUUUUAUGUGGCAGGGCAGAUCUGACCCCCCCGGCUUUGAGUUUGACACCUGUGGUGUGUUUUUUUUUUUUUUUUUUUUCCCUCGGGAACCGACAAAACAUGAAAUUGCUCAUGCGAGGUGUUAAUGUACUAUAAGCUCCUGCUUUUAAAGGCCCCAUGUUUUGGCAAUUCAAGCUUGUAUCCACUUCAUCCAUUUUUGGCUACGACUGCUCCGUUUCGUCUGAUUUGGUUCCCUCCAUGUAGAAGACCCAUUUGUGAGAGCACACGUGUUCUAUUGACAGCGCAGGCUCAGGAGCAGAGAGGUAGGGGAAGAUCUUCGUUUGUGACGAAGAUAAGCUCGAGAAAGUUGAAUGGCCUGAUUUCAGGCCUCUCGCGAGAAAAACAUCUGGGACUCAGGAAUGCAUGGACGGUUUUUAUAUUUCACGUUUCUUGA